CGAAACUAAACACGUGUUCCUGCUCGUGUGGCUUUUGAAAUUGUAAAGUUAAAAUGGCUUCGUUUAAGAAAACUCAAAUCAGAAGUUUGCCAAAGAUUGGACAAAAAGUUACAGCAGAUACAUUGUACUGGAGAAAAUUAAACUUCCCAGUUACUGUUAAAGAAUUCGGACCAAUUGAUUACAUCGAUGUUAUGCCAAUAGAGCCAUACUUCAUUGCGGUUUCUAGUGCUGCAAAAGUACAAAUAUACAACCCAAUCACACAUCAAGUUCACAGGCAUUUCACACGAUUUAAAGAGGCAGCUUAUGGAGCUUCCAUAAGAUCAGAUGGGAAACUGGUUAUUGCUGGGUGUGACGAAGGACAUGUCAAACUGUUUGACAUAGGCUCAAAAUCACUGUUACGGAUUUUUAAGGGGCAUAAAGGACCUGUUCAUCGCUGCAAAUUUACAACAGAUAAUGUUCAUGUUGUAAGUUUCUCUGAUGACAAAUCUGUUGCAUUGUGGGACCUUCCAAGUGAAACCGAAAUAAUCAAAUUCUCAGAACAUUCAGACUAUGUGAGAGCAGGAUGUGUUUCAAGCAUUAGUUCAGAUCUUUUCCUGUCUGGUUCAUUUGAUCAUACAGUAAAACUGUAUGAUGCCAGGAGUCCAACAGGUAGCACCAUUUCGGUAGACCAUGGUUCCCCUGUGGAAAGUGUUCUCAUGUAUCCCAGCAAUUCUAUUUUUGUUUCUGUUGGUGGAACUGAACUCAGAGUUUGGGAUAUGUUAGCCGGCGGUCGAUUACUUGCGAGAGUGUCACAGCAUCACAAAACCAUUACGUGCUUACAUUUGGCAUCAGAUGGAAAGCGUCUUGUAACUGGUGGUCUGGACCGCCAUGCUAAGAUCUAUGACGUCCAAAGUUAUCAGGUGGUUCAUACCCUUGAUUUCCCCUCUCCAGUGCUUAGUUUGGGUAUCACGCCUGACGAUUUCACUGUGGUAGCUGGCAUGGCGAAUGGUUUAAUCUCGAUGCAACAUAGGCAAACUCAGGCUGAAGCCAGAGCUUUGAAUCCAAAACAGUCUCUUAAAGUACAGAAGAAGUCACAAACCGCCUAUCGCUUUCGUUUGAAUGCCGAUUUUCGAUCGGUCAAUCGAACUUUCAAUCCAGCCACAGAUGUUGAGGUUGCCACGAAAACUGACACGAAUUUUGUGUCCCGAUACGAUAUGUUUCUUAGGAAGUUCCAGUACAGUAAAGCACUAGAUACAGUUUUAACCCCGUACAUAAGAAAGAAGAAACCGGCCAUUACUGUGGGCGUAAUGCAUGAACUAAUACGACGAAAUGGCUUGAAAUCUGCCUUAGCCGGUCGUGAUGAUAGUUCUUUGUCAUCUAUAUUGACUUUUUUGGCCCGAAACAUCAAUGACCCAAGUCACGCAAACAUUAUAAUUCAAGUGGCAAAUACCCUAUUAGAAAUAUACGAAAGCAGUAGUUUGACACCUCAGUCAGAAAAGCUGUUUCUUCAACUACAGGAACAUGUUAACCGAGAAGUCGAGUACGUGAAGCAUUUGAUGGAAAUUGAAGGAAUGCUUCAUAUUUUGCUCGCCUCAACUACCACACAAGCAAGAAGGAGUUCUACCUACGCCGUGCAAGGUUCACCCGUUAAACCUAUGCUUCCGUCUGCUGCCGCCGCUGCAAAUGCGACUAUGAUUUUCAACGUUGGAUAGCUGAAAAUUUAAUAAAAGCGGGAACAUUUUAAAACGGUAUAGAAAUCGCAUACUUCGUUUAAUUUUACGUAAUGUAAUAAUUUCAAAAUGUUCAAAUUUUGCACGGCUUUGAGAAAGGUAGUUGAAUACGAAAAUAAUGCAAAUGA